CUUUCUCUGUGUGUCUUUGUCCAGUCACACAGCCUGGACCAUGAGCGCCUGUUUUUUUCAAACGAGGGCAACACCUGGUGACGUAUGAGCACCGCUGCACAUUAGCGCCAGCUCACGCGCAGCGCAAACAGCGCUUGUGUGUGCGCAGGGCUGCGGAGAGAGAGGGAGCGAAGAGCGACAGAGCAUCACUCCAGCGCGGCGGAGAGCCGCGGCUCCAGAGCGCGGAGCGGAGGCGAGGACGCACUUUCCACCCGGCUCCAGAACCACUUGGAGGCGGGACAGGGGUCCACGCGCACUUUCUCCGGCCGCGCACCUCGGGACGCAGUUUUCGCCGCGGCAAAAUCGUGGAUUUGCAGAAGUUCCGCGCGCACCAUGGCUUUGGGCUGGAAACGGAAUCAACACCGCACUUUGCCGGCGACAACUAAUUCACAAAGAUGAGUCACCGGCGCAGUGGUCGACAAAUCCAGUGCUACUGUGGUCUGCCCUGGCGGGACAAAGUCCGCUAAGCUGCGCGGCUCGCACGCGCACAGCGAUACGCGCCCGUCGGUCACCUUCUGGAACGAUGCCUCGUGGGGACGUGCGCGGCGCGCCACAGUGCGUGUGAGUGACUGCCCGUGAGAGAACGCGAGGCUGGAGCGAAAGAGCGCUCAAGAUCGGAGACAGCGACCGCCAGACGCCCGCAGCCGCCGCCUCGCCUCUCCCCCCGCUGCUCGGGUCCAUGCAGGGUGCCCGGGGAGCCGCGCAGAGUCCCGGUCCAGCGCAGCCCGAGUUCAUGACGCUCCCGGCGGCUUCGCCAUGCGUCUCCUGCGCGAGCCCCGCGCCCAGUCCCUCCGGCUGCUCUUCCUGUUCGUCUUCGUGAUGGGGGUCGCUCCCUCGCCGGCUCUCACGGCCGGCUGCCCCAAAAGAUGCGUGUGCGACGACCAGCUGGUGGUCCAGUGCGCCGACCAGGACCUCACCAAGUUCCCCGACGACCUGCCUCUGGCCACGCGGCAGCUCAUCAUCUCCAACAACCGCAUCGGGGACCUGCCGGCGCUGCAGCUCAACUACCUGUCGGACCUGGUGUAUCUGGACUGCAGUAACAACUCUCUGACGGAGAUCUCCGAGUCCACCUUCGGCAACUUGAGGAAGCUCGCCUACCUGGACCUGUCCUUCAACACGCUGCUGCAAAUCGAGGACCGGACCUUCGGGCCCCUGGCGUCGCUGGUGAUGCUCCGGAUGACGGAUAAUCCGAGUCUUGGGGAGAUUCACCCGGACGCCUUCUCGGAGAACACGGCUCUGCAGAUGCUGGACGUGAGCCGAAACAACCUGACGGUCCUCAACAUCAGCAGCCUGAUCGCGCUGCCCGCGCUGCGCUCUCUGGGGCUCAGCAGAAAUCCCUGGAGGUGCGACUGUGACACGGAGGACCUGUGCCUGUGGGUGCAGAUAGAAGGCUUCAAAUUCGAAGAUGAGGGCCAGACAGUGUGCCACAGUCCUCCGGAGCUGGCGGGCCAGCGGCUGGCAGAGAUGGGCAUGCAGCUGCGGGCAGACUGCCACCAGGCGCUGGGCUACUGGGACUACCUCUUCUUCAUCGUCAUCGGCUUCGUCAUCUUCUCCGCCGGCACGGUCUCGGCCUGGGUGAUGGGCGUGCUCAUGGUGCUGUACGAGCGCUACAGCAAGAGGAAGAGCGAGGAGCUGGACAGCGACGACGAGGACGACAGGGGAGGGGGCGCCGGGGGCAGCGGGGGAGGGGGAGGCGGAGAGGGCGACCAAGGGAACGGGGAUCUGAGCAAGAACGGCAUGCAGGUGUGACAGCGACACGAGGAGAGGAGAGACCGCGGGAGGGAGAGGUGAGAGGAGCCCGAGAGCCAGGGCUCCGCCAGGAACCACCAUGUGACUGUGUCCGAUUGAUACAGGUGUAGAACUGGACAUAUACUGGACAGUGUCUGCUGUGUGUAUGUGUGUGUGUGUGUGUGUGUGUGUGUGUGUGUGUGUGUGUGUGUGUGUGUGUGUGUGUGUGUGUGUGUGUGUGUGUGUGUGUGUAGGCAGACAGCAAUAAGGAUGACUAUGCUGAUUAUUGAGAGCAAUACCAACCCCCACCCCCAUCACACACACACACACACACACACACACACACACUUGUCCAGGUCCUCACAAUCACUCUGCACAACUGGAUUUCUAACUGGGAACAUGUACCCGCAUACAAUGUGAAGUGCUCUUUGUUACUGACACACACACACACACACACAGGUUGUGGACGCCUUAUCUCUGCCACAAAGGGAAAACGCACCUGACUGGUAACAGUGAACAGCCUCCUGUAGUUAGAACCAGGGUCACGACAGGUUCCGCGAUGACACAAUGAUGUGAAUGUAAAGACUAACAAUCACAGAAGAACAACAAACAUCAGACAGCUUGUGGGAUUCACUGUUGAAGUCGCCCUGUGGAGUCAGCCAGUUCGCGUUGUGUUUGGCUGUGGAGCUGAUCCAUGCCACACACACAGCUGAUCCACACUGGCUGGUCAGCCACUGGCCACAUCUGGAAUGUGCUCACUGUUCAGCGACCCAUUUUGAAUGUAACAAUGAAGACCACUCCACAGGGUAGCUUUUAAACAGCAGCCUGACCCCCGUCAUGAUGAGAUCCUCUCCUCCAGCGCAGUGGACGCACCAACGCACACUGACUGAGGUCGGCCCAUAGUCACACAUGCAGUAUGUGUGUUUAUCUCCGUGUCCCUCAGGUUCAUGCAUCACGUUUAUGGCUGCACAUAAACAUCACAGUGAUGGAACCCGUCGCACAGCGAACAAAGACUCUACGCUAUGUGAGUGGAAGCCACGCUUGGCUGACCUCAUGUUACAGUAGCGCACAUACAGGCCACACUCUAUAGCCCAGCUGUCACUGUGGAAGUGAGCCCUGGAGUAGUAGUAGUGUGCAUGUUCAUGUAUGCAUGGCAGUGUGUGUGUGUGUGUGUGUGUGUGUGUGUGUGUGUGUGUGUGUGUGUGUGUGUGUGUGUGUGUGUGUGUGUGUGUGUGUGUGUGUGUGUGUGUGUGUGUGUGUGUGUGUGCGUGCGGUUAAAUGGGCCACAGCAUCUUUGUGAGCAGCCUGGCCAAGUGACUCACGAGCUGGGCUUCUCCUCCAUCCUGAUCCGCUUCCUCCCUGUCUGUCACGGAAGGGAUGGACCGAUGAUGAAUGACAAGCCCUGGGUGGAGGAGGAGCGAGGUCACCGUCAGAAGCAGGGAUUCAUUCUGAUUGAUGUACUUAUCGGUUUUAUUGAAGCGCCGAGUGGCUCCAAAUGCUCCAAAUGAGAAGUUGGCAGCGCUGUGUGUGUGUGUGUGUGUGUGUGUGUGUGUGUGUGUGUGUGUGUGUGUGUGUGUGUGUGUGUGUGUGUGUGUGUGUGUGUGUGUGUGUGUGUGUGUGUGUGUGUGUGUUUAAGGUUAUCUCCAGCUUGGUUUGUGUUCAAUGAGUGAAAUCAUUAUGAUAGGACAUAAGUUCUAACCAAAAACUGUCUCACAUACUGAAGAGGCACAAAUUCCUUCAGUCCAAAACAAGAAGCUGCUCACACACACAAACGCACACACACACAGACCCACCCACAUGCCCAACAAAUCUCAAGGGCGCAGCUAAAGUCAGAGCCCACCGUCCCGGGAACAUUAACAAUCCUGUUUUGGUCUCUCAUCUUGCUACAUCCUCUUAUCCUCCGUUCUCAAUCUGAAGCUGUCAUCAACUUCCACCGCGCGCACACACACACACACACACACACACACACACACACACACACACACACACACACACACACACACACACACACACACACACACACACCUGGGCCUGUGAUUCAUCAGAUUAAGCUCCAGGCUGUCAUUAUCAGAUCAUUUGUUCAAAGAGGAGCUCAGAGGCCGUCUCUGAAGGGCAUGAAGAUCGGUGGCGUAAACGCUCUGUGGGUUCGAGCACAUUCACAAAACGACAUUUGACCCGCGGCGUCGACCUCGAGCACCAACAUAUUCACCGACGCACGCAGAGCGUUUCCCGUUUGAAGCCGGCAGGUGUUUCGUACUGCUUGGUGUCACGCACACACAGGCGUGAAGCUCCUAGAAAACGGCAGGGGAAAACUUUGACCUGUUGUUCUGUCACAGAACAGGAAUAGAACCUACACGUGAGUUAAUAAACAGAGGCUAAUUAAGAAACCCAACAUCAGGAAGCACAGACUUGGACGCCUCCUCCGCCCUCUCUCACCUUUCUUCACCCUCACCUACUUGGCUCUCUCUCUCUCUCUCUCUCUCUCUCUCUCUCUCUCCGUUUCCCUCUCCCUCUCUCUCCUCUCUCUCUCCUCUCUGCUGCCAGCUGUUCGACCACUGGCGUAGACUGGCCUCUGACCCUCCACACAUCCCUCCCAACCGGGUCCGCUGGCUCCAACAGGCAGAUGAGCCCGUAGACGAGCUGAGGCAAACGCAUGCAACGCAGAGAACACGAAACCCCGAAAGCACAACAGCGAUAUGGAGACGAAGCGUCUCGUGCUUACACAGCCGUGCGAGUGCGAGUGCGAGUGCGAGUGCGAGUGCGAGUGCGAGUGCGAGUGGGCGUGUGCUCUGGCUCAUGGGCUCCGUCUUAUCCCAUGAUUUCUCUGAGGGCAACGUUAGCGCUUUAGCAUGAAGCGCAGAGACCAUCUAAUGCAAUAAGUCAGUAAUCCAUGCCAUCAUUGCACACACACAUGCGACACACAGCACAGUUGUGCGUUUUUGAUGUUGUCGACGCUUCCUUUGGAGCCGAGUCUGUUCCGAUGCGCGGAGAUCACCCUCAUCCUGGACGUUCAGCUAAGAGCGGGAACGGGAAGAGCUGUUUGUGCAUCACACACACACACACACACACACACACACACACACACACACAAGCCUUGCUGUGUGGAUGUUGUGUCGGAGUGGAGGAGGCCGUCAGCUGCUUGGUGGAGCAGGUUCAACCAUGUGUUGAUGAUCUUUUUAUGAGGUAAUCAAACAUUUUCCAACGUCGGUAUUACUUGAACAAGUGUGGCAUCGUGGCAAACUUUGCACUUUAACUUCACCUUAGGAAAUUUGAGAGGAAAAAAAUAUCAAAUAUCACCUUUUUCCAACUAGAAACAACUGAAAAUGUGUGUCCGCAUAGAAUUAAACGCAGACACUGAGACAAAGGUUACAAUUUCGCCAGCCAGUCACAAAAUUACCCCUGGGUUUGAAAAAAAACAAUGUGACCUUUCAAAGUAAAAGAACAUCCUGAGUGGCCAGUGAAACAUGAAACAGUCUUAGCGUCGCCAGAGUAGAUCUGAACCCUAGAAACGUUCCAGUAGCAUAGUGAGGCUGAAACUUGAAGUGAAGACUCUACUUAUAUAACGCUCUACUUAUUAGCUAACCCAUUGUGCAGAGGAGCCAGAACCGGCUGUAGUCCUCGUUCGUGCUUCACGCUUCAGGUUUCCUGGAACUUACUGCAUCACCAGUAUCAGCUGUGAGGAGACACACAACCAGCGCCUUUUGUGAACACGCUGGGUUCGGGGUCACAGGAGGCCGCGCUCUGCUCACAUUAGGAAACAUUAGGUCUGUGCAUCUGGGUCUGACUCACAGUAGCUCUCCCACCUUUGACUUUAUGCACCCACUCACACACUGGACACUAUUAUAGUACAAAUCUACACAGAACCUCUGUAAAUCUGGCGGUUCUGCCUAUUUAAAACUGCAGUAACUUAUAUUAAGUGACAUUUUAUCUUUUACUGUUAUUAAAAUGAUAGACUGAUGUUUAA